GUGGCUCGCGCACUCAACAGGUCGACGGUGUGGUGCGGCUCGCAGUGGGCUGCCACGCGGGCAUGUCCCGAUGCCAAACACACGGGCCAAAACAACAGCACGCGGCGCCGUGACGUCGCACUUUUUUGAGCCCAUCGCUGGCUACCUCGAGGCCGACGGCACCUACAUCUGCACGGCCUUCAACCCGCGCUGCUUCGUCGUGCAGAAGGUGACUUCUGGUGUUCGUCCACCUUCAGAGGCACUAGAAAAAGGUGACGAAUAUGGAACAGAAGACACGGAUUCUGACUCAACAUUGGACGUUGUCCCAUCAAACUCGUCUCAAGCUGAGGAUGCUGUACCGACACCGACCACAAAGGGCUCUGACAAAAAAGGGUACGUGUACAUGAAUGGGGACAUUGAGAAGAUCCCUUCAGGGGUGGCUUUCGCCGCGCCCACCCCUGAUCACCACGCUGCCGGCGCUUCCGAGUCUGACAGGCAUUUAGUCAACGGGGACGACGCAAUGCCGACCGGUGCGACGGCCAGCGGCCAGAGCCCUAACACGGCUAACAUGACCCCAGCCGAACUUGAGCAGCUCAAACAGUUGUUGGCCACACAACUCGAGUACUACUUCUCGAGAGAGAACCUUGCAAGUGAUACUUACUUGCUGUCGCAAAUGGACAAUGACCAGUACGUCCCGAUCUGGACAGUUGCGAAUUUUAACCAAGUUAAAAAGCUGACCACGGAUAUCAAACUAAUAACUGAUGUUUUGAGAGAAUCCUCUAUAGUCCAGGUGGACGAGGAGGGUCUCAAAGUGAGGCCAAACCACAAAAGGUGCAUAGUCAUUUUGAGGGAAGUGUCUGAAAGUACUCCAACUGAAGAGAUUGAGAAACUGUUCACCGGAGAAAACUGUCCUAAGUGCGUGUCUUGCGAAUUCGCUCACAACAGCUCGUGGUAUGUGACGUUUGAGUCUGAUGAGGACGCGCAGCGCGCCUACCGCUUCCUGCGCGAGGAGAAGCGCAUGUUCCAAGGCAAGCCGAUCAUGGCUCGCAUCAAGGCGAAGCCGAUGAACCGACUGCCGAUGAACGGCUCCAACUCGCAGAAGAACGGAUUCCGUAGCCCGCCAGCCGUUUUCGAGCCGGCAGCGGCGGCGGCGCGCCCAUUCGUGCCGGCCGCCACUAUGGUGUACGCGAACGGGUCGGCUCAGGCGGCACCGCAAGCCAACUCGCUCAACUUCCCCAACACCGUGCAGAUCAUCUACCCGGCGCCAACGGCUGCCGCGCAGCCUGCCUUCGGCUACACGCAGCCGCUGAUGCCCUGGGGCAACUACUUUGAUAUUGGCAGCGUCUUCUCGGUCAACGGCCUCGCGCCACAGAGUCCCUUCCCCAAGCAGCAGGCGGCCAAGUACAAUCCGCGCCUCAAGAAGCGUCCCACCGCCUCCAGUCUCCCCGACACAUCGCGCCCCGUGCCCUUGCCCGCCUCCGACCUGCCUAAGACUGCGCUCCUUGACCUGGCCAGACCUGAUGACUCUAUGCCCCAAGACGACCGCAGGCUCCCUGACAAGGAUGCCGCAGGCUCUCUCAGGCCAAGGAGACGGAGAAAGGAAGAAGAGAGCAGAGGUGCAAGCGGAAUGGUGCGUGCGACGGCCAACAGUCCGCAGCCGGCCGUGACCGCUGCUGCGCCUGUCGUGCAGCCUGGCCCCAAGUUUGACUUGGAGGCAACAGCUUUUCCUCCCUUGCCCGGUCUGGAUCAGGAAUCAAGCACCAAAGCGCCUGCCCCUGAACAGCAAGAGACCUCAGCUUCACCAUCACCUUGGGAGAGCAGGCUCUCUGAUGUGGUGAAAGGCACAGCCAAAGUAAAGGUUUCUACGUCCAGCUCUCGUGAUAAAGACGUCCCAGCUCAGCCUGAAGUGAGUGCCACUCCUCCGCCUCCUCCAACGCCUACGGCUGCUUCUGUCGUUUCAUCGGCGCCCAAGACACUAGCAGCUGCAGCAUCAGCAGCAGCGCCCCAGCCCAAAGUAGUAAAAGCUGUGGCCAAAGUAGAAAAGGCACUAACAGAAACACCACCUGCUCCUCUUGCGACCCCUCCAAAUUUCCCUGAGAAGUCGGUCAAAAGCAUGGCCGACAAAUCCACGAAGACUGAUGAUGCCUUGCUGAACGGAGAGGUGAGUGGCGCGAGCGCCAAGUCAACUCCGGAAGCGUCCCGCUCGAGCGCGACGGCGGCGGCGACUACAGCGCCCGUGAUGGCCAACGCCUCAACGAUGACUAACCCAAUUGAGAAACAGAGCCAGGACAACGCUCCAAACGCACCCUCUCCCCCGCCAGGCUCAAAACUUAGCUAUGCACAAGUGGCGCAGCACCAUCGCGAAAAGCAGAUGCGUGAGGAAAGAAGCAAGUCUGAGUCGGAGGGAAACGGAAACAAGCAACCAGAGCUUAGAGAUGGCUUGAACGCGGUGGCGGCCAAGGAGGUGCGGGUGGGACGCGGCGGGCGGCAAGUGCAGACGCGCAGCCGACGCAGCGACGACCGCCGGAGCCGCGAGCCGCGGUCGCCCAAGUAGCAGUCGCCUGCGCGGCCUCAGUGGUGCUCCACCGAGAGACACUGUGAGUGUCUCGCGAGUGAAUCCAGCAAAAUUAGUGUGUCGCUCGAAAAAUAUUUUUGAUUAAAGACGACCUCGCUAACACAAAGAAAACAAAAGAAAAGAUGAUUGGCAACGAGAGGAGUGAAACAGAAGACGGAUGGCUCUAAAGAAUCAAAUAUUUUUGGGACACCCUUGAUCGUAGCUUGCAGCCUUAGACCCCCGCCAGACGAAACAAGUGGGUGCCGAGUGCGCUUGAUUGCAUAUAUAAUAACUGUGAUAGCCCAUGUGUGUAAUCCUGUUCUAUGGUUGUUUUUACUUUUCGCCAGACACUCGACAAACAAGCAAACAAACAGAAAGAAUCAAGCUGUCGCUAAUCUACUCCUCCUCCACUUGUAUCAACAGGGUAUAUCAGAAAAUCGGACUUUGUUCCAUCUUGUUUUAAUUUGUGACCCGGACUGGACCGCGCGAGCGACGGACUCCAAUCGGGCGUGUGUCGUGUACAGUCGAGGGACGCGCACACGAGGCUUGGGAAUGCAUGGAACGAGCGUACGCUAGCACCGAUCGCGCACGACUCGUUUGCAUUACUUGUCGUCUGGAAUUAAUGACAGACGGCAACCAAUGCCGCGCGUGUCUGUUAGUUUGGCUUGCAAUUGGAGUCCGUCCCGAUCCAGCGACCCUGAAUAUUGAGUUAAAACAGAGAACCCGAAAAGAGGGCUUGACACACACACACAUACACACACACACAAGCUGAUUAGGUAAACAUGUUUUUACUGCGUGAUAUUGCACCUUUGUCGCCAUUUUGUGGUCGGCAAAACACGUCUUUUGGCAAUGUCUUCCAAAGCAAAGCCGCACCAAGCAUUUAAUACCACUUUGGCAAGAAGAGUCGAAUCGGUUCUCUGCAGUUUUUGACCACAAAAUGCGAUUGUCUAUAUUUGUAGGGAUUUUCUUGAUUUUUUGUUCAGUUGACGGCGAUUGAUUGCUCCGACCGCAUGUACGUUUGUUUGUUUUUUCUCUGCUUCAAAUGCUGUUUGUGUUUUUUCCAGUAAAUGUGAUCACUUUUUGAACGCGACGGACGACAAUGACACUGCUUGAAAUACCCCCUCGAUAAUUCGUUUUUCCGAACAAGGGGGCACGCAUGACAGCCCCUCCCCUCAACCCCGAAAGAGAAAAAUAAUGAAACGAGCGCGCGAGAUGCAAAUUAAUUAGUUGUCGUGUUGUAAAAUAAACAGAAUAUUAACGAGAACGAUGAUGCAGAAAAUGAUGAUGAUGAUGAUAAUAAUAAUAAUGAAAUAGGCUAGCAUGGAUUAUUAUUAUUACGGUACGUUUAUUAAUUAUCGUUUAAGAGUUGUUUUGUUGUGUGUUUCUGCUCUUUGAGUUUCACAGCCACUUUCAAAACACACGACAAAUCGCAGCCUGGGAAGGAAGAAAAAUAAGGGGCUGUGGCUUGUAAAAAUGAUCCAAAACCACACUCACACACAAAACACAGACACACUUCUUCAAUGUGAAAAAGUUAUUUAUCGAUUCACUUGACACAACAUAUAAACAAACACACACACACACAUACACACACACAAUUUGUGGUGGAACAAGAAUGAAGAGUUACAACUAUGUUAAAUAAUUAAUAAUUAUUUAAUUGCAGCAGUUCCUUGGUAUACUAAAUAAUAAAUAAAUAUUAUAGCUGUUAGCUUUCGGCAUUUAUUGAUACAUAAAUGGCAUAAAGAACUCAUCGACCAAAAAAUGAUGUAAAAUACACAUACCUAGUGGCAUUGCUUCAAUUAGGCUGUACUCAUUUCGGCUCGUUUGGCUGCAUAUCUCAAAAUUGUCCCACUGGCUCCGAUCGAGAGAAGUUAGUUCUAGCAAGCAAGAGAAAAAAAGCCAAACUGCUGGAGUGACCUUUUGGUACUUUGAAAGAAAGAAAGAAACACUGCCUCGGCAGACUCGUGUUUGUUAUUUUUUAAUUUUGCACAAAAGGAUAAAUGCAUAUAUUGUACACUGUUGAUUAGAAAUCGGCCGCCACCUUUUCGUCUCACUUGUACAAAUUAAUUUGCAGUUUAGCUGGAGAAAAGAAAUAUUCUAAUUAUUGUGGAAGUAAGGAAACUAUCACAAAUAAAUUCAGUGCCGCAGUGUGCCAUGAUACAAAAAAGGAAAAUGAGAAGAAAAAGAGUUCUAAUAACGUAGCCGUUGACGCAAAUCAGAGAUUAUUAUUAUUGCUGAUUAUUCUGGCAAACCAAAACGUGACAAACUGGAAUAAUUGGGCGCAAAAUGUUGUUUCAAGAAACUGAGAUACCAAAAUUAAUAAAACUUGUGAACCUUGAUGCGUAUAAAAAGAGGAUUUUUAAGUGUGUUGUUGUAACGGAUGGCAUCGCGAAUAUCAUCUCUAACUAAUAACCAAUAAUACAUUAUUGUGUAUGGGAGGGAUCGAGUUUUAUCUUUGUUUGUUUUAUUUUGCUGUUCUUGAGAAAUGAAAAUGAAAUGAAAAGUUACUCAAAAAGGCCAA